AUAUCGUCAUCUCGAUAAAAUUGAUGAUUUACCACGGGAUUACUUACUUUAGUCACAGAUCGCAACACGACGUGAGCUUACUGCGAUCAAAAUGAAAUCGGUCACGCGGCUGCUAUGCAUCGCAGCGGCGCUCGCCAGCGCCUCGGCUUUGUCGAUCCCCGUGAGACAGAACCCCGAGACGCUCUGCAUCGGGCAGGAGAACUUCCUACGCAUCGCCGAGAUCGACAGCUGCGUGGACUACUACCAAUGCUACGCCGGACGCUCGUACCCAAUGCAAUGCCCCCUCGAUACGUGGUUCAAUGAAGAACAACAGGUUUGUGAUCGGUCCGCUCCACCGGAAAACUGCAGACUUGAAUCAGAAUCUGAAGAAGAACCAGAACCAGAACCAGAACCAGAACCGGAACCGGAACCGGAACCGGAACCUGAACCUGAACCUGAACCUGAACCUGAACCUGAACUGGAAUCAGAAUCGGAAGAAGAUAUUGAGAGUGAAGAAGAGUUACAGACCGAACAACAAAAUGAAAUAGACGGGAACGAUGACAAUGAACGAGAUGACGAGGGAGAUGAAAAUGAAGGAGACCGAGACAAUGAGUCAGAUGAAGAUAGUGGCAGUGAUGAAGAAAAUGGGGGAGAUGGAGAAAAUGGGGAAGAUGGAGAAAAUGGUAGUAACGAUGACAGUGAGGGUGAGGAAGAAAGUGAAAGUAGUGAAGAAAAUGAUAGUGAUGAAGGAAACAAAGGAGAUGGAGAAAAUGAAAGUGGUGAAAAUGGCGAAGAUAGUGAAGAGGGUGAUAGUGGAAAUGAAGGAGACGAAGACGUGGGAGAACCAGAAGCAGAAGGGGAUGAUAACGAUGAUGAAAACGGUAAUGAUGGCGAAAAUUUUGAUGUACGUAUUGGUCGCAACAAACGAGAGAUCAAUGGGCACGGACACGACCAUCAUCACGGGCAUGGGCAUAUCCACGGCCAUGGACAUCACCAUCACGGAACACAUAAACAGAAUGAAGACGAUAGUGAUAGUGAAGGUUCCGGUGAUAUGUUCGAUGAAGAUUACGAUGCUUUAGGUGAAGACAACAACAUAGUUGAAGAUGAAGAUGAGUUAAUUGAAGGCGAUAAGAUAAAGAAAAGGUUACGCAGAUCCGUAAAACAAAACGAAAGGGAAGAAGGUGAAGAUGACGGAGAUGAUGACAAUAAAGAUGAUGACAGUAAAGAUGAUGACAGUAAAGAUGAUGGCGAUAAAGAUGAUGACGAUAAAGAUGACGACGAUAAAGAUGAUGACGACAAUGAUGAUCACGACGAUGACGAUGUAUGGAAGAAACGAGGUGGCGUAAAGCGUUUGCUAAGAUUUGCGAUACAAUAUGGGGUUGAGUCUGAAGUACAAGAUUUAGAUAUGGACUCCAACAACUUUUUCAAAAGGUUAUUCGGAGCAUUUGCAUAGAACGUUGGCGGUUAAAUUUCAAAGGCAUCUCCGAUAGGAGUGCCAGCUUGAAAUAGAAGGUAGUUCUUAGUAGUAGGUACUUAUUUAUAAAAAAUAGUUUAUAAGAUAUGAGAGUAGUUGAUUCACUUUGUGCAAUUUUGUAAAUAAUCUGACGCGAGCAUGUAUUAAAAUAAUUA